UCACCCCCUCCAUCAUCUCCCCCAAUUACUUUCCAUUCUUCAAAUCUCAAACCACAUCAACACCGUUCAUUCACCUCACCUUUAUUUUCCUCAGAUCGUAGCAGAGAUGGCUUCGUCGGGAAAACUCGAUUCCGCCAAGUUUCACGGCCGCAGGUCCAACUUGUCGCAGACCUGCAACCUCCUCAGCCAGUAUUUGAAGGAGAAUGGCCGAUUCGGCGAUCUAGACCUCAAUUUCACCCCCAAAGGAUCUGUCAAUCAAUCGCAACCGGAAAAGGAAGUAGAACAGAUGACGAUAUUUUACGCCGGUCAGGUGAUUGUGCUCAACGAUAUUCCGGCGGGGAAGGCCAAGGAGAUCAUCAAUUUAGCCGCCGCCGUUUCGCCGAUUCAGAAACCACAGCUCCCGCCUCUUGGCUCCGAUUUACCGAUUGCGAGGAAGAAUUCGCUAGCUCGGUUUCUGGAGAAGAGGAAGGAUAGGAUCACCGCAGCCGCGCCGUACCAAGCGAGCAAACCGGCGGUGAAGGAGGAGCCGUGGCUGGAAAUGGGCUCUCUCAGCAUCCCCUCCAGGUUCCGCGCCAAUAGGGUUUCAGAUUCCUCAAAUUUAUAUUCACAAUGUUCUGUUGUACUAGGAUUGUAUGAUUGUAGAUCUGAUAAAUGAGAUCCCACUUGCUACACACACACGGGGAAAAUCAAAAUCUGAUCUAUAUGUAUGUGUGAUGAUAGUUUGUUUUCAUCAAUGUGGUUUGCUUUCGAUGAUCUGAAUUUUUUUAACUUUUAUUUUAAAUUUGUUACUUGAAUUUAUAUACAAAGAAAAAGGAGUAUAAUUCAUUUUGUUAUUUUUGAA